AUAAAUACGCUUGAACCGCAGAGAAGGGCACAAGAACGAAAUGUUAUCGCGAUCCGUGUAUCAACGGCUAACCCCAUAUUUUGCGUCUCGAAUUCGGAAAAAUCAUCGGCUUCUCAGCUUUAUUCAACCUCCUUCUUUAGAAGAUAUUCACAUGACUGAUAGUUGCAUCAAAAGAAUGAAAGAAUUACAGGCCACUGAAACAUCUGAAGAGAAACCAAUGCUUCGGUUGGGUGUAGAAACUGGUGGAUGUUCUGGCUUCCAGUAUGUUUUUGAUUUGGAUAACAAAACCAACCCAGAUGACAGUGAUUGCAGAGUUUUUGAAAAGGAAGGGGUUAAAUUGGUGAUUGAUAAUAUUUCCUAUGAUUUCGUAAAAGGGGCAACCAUUGAUUACGUUGAGGAGCUGAUUCGUUCUGCAUUUGUGGUGAGUACAAAUCCAAGUGCUGUGGGUGGAUGCAGUUGUAAAAGUUCAUUUAUGGUGAAACAGUAGUUCUAGUCGGUCGAUAUCUUGUUCAAUCCAUAACUUACACUCCCAGAAUGGGCCAAGAGGUCAUCUAAUUUUUGCUAUAUUGGUCAUUGGGUCGAAUUUUAUAGUUGCUUCUUAAACAUUGGGCCAAUUCCAUGUAUUUUUUACUAUUUCUGUUUUAAAUCGACUAGUAUUCUUUUGUAUGAUAUUGCUCAUCUAUUGGAGCAGAAGCUGGUUAUCUAUCAAUAAAGAACUUUUAAUUCGGACACAUUCCAUCUACAUAUGGUGAUAGAUUGAUAGUGAAUCAGCAUUUGCAGGUAAAAAUUGUUAUUCCAACUUGCAAUUUCUCCUAGGCUGUUGACUGGCCUAUGGAAAUACUGCAUAACAGGAGCUGUGAGAUCAAUUCUGAUAUUUACACAAGUCCGAAGACUAUGGACUGGAUAACGUAAUGGAUUCCCAGCUACUAC